UGCUUUAAAAAUAAUAAUUAAAAAAAAAAAAAAACACUGACGUUGUAUUUAGUGGCCGGAAACGACGGACGGGAGCCUUGUCCGCAGACAAUAAUGGCUGGCUUGCUGAAAAAGACGACUGGUCUGGUCGGCCUGGCAGUGUCCAACAAUCCACAUGAGCGUCUGAGGAUUCUGUACUCUAAGAUUCUGGCAUCACUGCAGACGAUGCCACAGGAUGCAGCCUACAGGAAGUAUACGGAGCAGCUGGUCAACGAGAGGUUCAACCACGUCAAAGUGGAACCUGAUGUGGAGAAGCUGGAGAAGAAGAUAAACUGUGGGCAGAUUGAAGAAGUCAUUUUCCAGGCUGAAUGUGAGCUGGCGCUGUCCAGGAAGAUGUCAGAGUGGAAACCAUGGGAGCCGCUGGUAGAGGAGCCUCCUGCCAACCAGUGGAAAUGGCCCAUCUGAAUACACCUAUGUAAACUGCUCAUGUUAUACCAUGUGUGUUUUGUGUUUCAAUACCCCAGCUUCUAAUCAAGUAAUGUACAAAUAAAAGUCCAAGAUAUUUCCCCA